AGAGAGAGAGAGGGGAAGAGAGAGAGCCGGUACAGCGCGAGCAGCAGAGCUCGCUUCUGAUUGGUCCGCGGGGCUGGACUCCGCAGCGGCAGGACAUAUAUAAUCUGUGAACGCGCAUCUCCGAGCGGCAGCUAGAGGUUUUUUUUUACGUCGCGUCGCUCAUGUCCGGAGGAAAGCGAAUAAACAGCGCGGGGCAAUGAGCGACUGAGCCGGAGGAGAAGCAGGAAGAUAACCGACUCAUUUCUCCUUCUGAUAGCCGGAAGGAGGGUCGCGGAAAGCCGGCAUCACCGGAGGGGCGCGAGGGGAGGAGGAGGAGGAGGGGCGGGGUGGAAGGACACCCUUAUUAAAAAAAAAAAAAAAAUGGAUCGUCACGAUAAAGAAAUUAUCCCCGAAGAGAUUUUGCCCGUCGUGAUCAUCGCAGUCGCAUUGCAUUGCUUACCUGUCCCCCCCCCCUACCGCCCGCCCCCUGUCUGUUGCUCAGGUAACGGCCCGUCGGGGAUCUGCCUCUCCUACCUGCUGUCGGGCUACACACCUUACCUGUCGCCCGAGGCGUCGCACCCCAACCCGCUGCUGCACAGCAAGCUGAGGGAGCAGCCUCACCUGUCGCUGCUGGAGCAGGAUCUGGAGUACCUGUGCGAGGGGCUGGAGGGCCGGUCGUCCAAUCCCGUGGCCGUGCUGUUCGACGCGCUGCUGCUCCCCGACAGCGACUUCGGGCUCGACCACUCGUCUCCGUUGGAGUGGCGCUACGAGCCGGAGCGAGCCGUCCCCCACCUGGUGCUGGGCAAGGGUCCGCCGGGGGGAGCCUGGCACGCCAUGGAGGGCUCCAUGCUGACUCUCAGUCUGGCUAACUGGAUGGAGCUUCCUGGACUCAAACUGAAGGACUGGAUGAGAGAGAAACGCAGAAACGUUAGAAACGACCGCGCCACGCCCACAGAGAUCGCGUCCUACUACCAGCACUACGUCUCCCAGAUGUCUCUGGAGCAGAACUUUGCCUGCGGAACCACCGUCACCUCCGUCAGCCGGCAGCCCGGAGACCAGGAGGCGGCGCCGCCCUGCUGGAGGGUGACGGGACUGCAGCGCAGAGAGGGGGAGGAGUUUAGAGACGGCUCCGCGGUCUCAGAGGAGGUGCCGUUCUCCAUGCUGGCCCACAACGUGGUUCUGGCCACGGGGACCCACGACAUCCCGGCCCGGCUCGGCGUGGACGGCGAGUCGCUGCCUCACGUGUGCCACUCUUUCUGGGAGCUGGAGGCGGCCAUCUCCCGCGGCGAGCUCGACCAAUCGUCGGACCCGGUGCUGGUGGUGGGGGCGGGGCUUACGGCGGCCGACGCGGUGCUGGCCGCCCACCAUCUCAACACGCCGGUUUACCACGCCUUCCGGCGCUCCGUCAGCGACCCCGGCCUCAUCUUCAACCAGCUGCCCAAGCUGCUCUACCCGGAGUACCACAAGGUUCACCAGAUGAUGAUUCAGCAGCAGUACGAGCCGGACCCUCCGCCACCGGACCACGCCCAGAACCUCCACGCCCCCUCCGGCCCUUCCUCCCUCUCCUUUUCUUCCUCCUCUUCCUCUUCCUCCUCCUACCCGGGUUACCUGAGCUUCCCGCGCUACCGGGUCGCGGCGUUCCGACCCGACCGGAAGUGCGUCCUGGAGUCGGACUCCGGCCGGCGGACGGUGGUGCAGAUCUCCAAGGCGCUGGUUCUGAUCGGCGCCCACCCGAACCUCUCCUUCCUGAAGGACAACGGCCGCACGCUCGGCGUGAACCCCGAGGAGCCAAUCACGUGCCGGAGGAACCCGGUGGAGGUGGACCCGUUCACCAACAAGGUGGCGGCGGCGGACGGGCCGGGCCUGUACGCCAUGGGCCCGCUGGUCGGCGAGAACUUCGUCAGGUUCCUAAAAGGGGGGGCGCUGGCGAUCGCCAGCGACCUCGCCAAGACUCAGAGGGAGGGGGGCGGGCGGGGGGCCGCACAGACCGGAUCCGAGGUCCGCGUUCUGGACUCGUAGCAGGAAGCGAACGAAACCGGGGUUUUUUUGGGGGGGGGGGGGGGUUCGGCGCCGGUUCUCGGGUCUGAUAUCUUACUCCUACCGGGUUUUAAAGAUCACACCGAUGAACACUCCGAUAUCGAUGUUUCCGUGGUUACGCGACCUUCUCAUAAAGGGACAGAACGCUGUCGUCGCUGCCCCCUGGUGGCCGAACGCUGUACUUCCUCCUGCGCCGUCACCUCAAACACGUCCGCUACGCACAUAAAUCUCUCCAAACAUGUGACGGACAAACAAACUUUUAUUAAACGGCUUUUUGUUUAUGUCCAUAUCGUUGUUUUUCUAAAAGACAUCCAAACAUCUUGAAUUCAUAGCCUGUACAUUUAUACGUUCUUUUAAAAAAGAAAACGGUGGCUGACCGAAAGAGGAAGUGACUGGAAAAGGAAAUCCUUUUAAGUAAUGUAACUUCCUGUUUAACCAAUCGCCAUCACUCACGACCAAAACAGCCUCUUUUUAUUAAUAAUGAACUUGUUUCUGUGGUUAAAACACCAGAUUUGUUUUGGGGUUUCUUUGCGACACUACUGUUGACGGUUUUAAACCAAACAUUGAAUCAUUCUCCACGUAUGUUCUUGUAUAUUUUGGGGGUUUUAUGAAUAUACAUAUUUACAAAUAUAUAUAUAUAUAUAUAUAUACACAUGGUGCUCUAUUUUUCUAUGCCGCUUUAAGCCACUGUACCCACCGGAUAUCUUUGUGAAUCUAUGAAUAUUAUAAAAAAAAAGCUUUUAUACUUUAAAAAAAACAUCUUCAUAAAGUGUGUAAAUAUAUUUUUCUCUGGUGAAAAUGUAACGUUGUUUUAUUAUAACGUUGAAUGAAUGACGUUUGUCUGUAAAUUAUGUUUCUUCCACAUUUGUAACUUUUUAUACUGAAAACGGGGGAAAAUGUUUCUUCGGUGCUUUUUGGUUUUCAAUCUGAUUUCUUGUUGAUUUCAACCAUUAAAAAAAUAAAACGACAACAAAACAUUUCUUCUCGGUA